UGUGUGUGCCUGUGUUGCGGGGAGGGUCUCUGGGACAGAGGAGUGCAGGUUCUCUGGGUGACAAGAGGGUGGUGUUGGCGGGGGGAGAGUGUCUCGGCACAACCAGCAGACCUAGGGAAUGAGGCCAGCUUCUCUUGGGGAGGGCCUGGGAAAGCAGAGCCUGAGUGUGGAAAGACAGAAGGAAGAGUCAGAAGACGCUGGAGUCUCUUUCUCAGACCCCAGAGAAGCCCCAGCCUCCUGGCCUCCCUGCCAUCCAAUUAAGUAGCUUCUUCUGGACAGUGGAAUUUUCCCAAGACAGGCUCCUCCCGUCCGGGCUGGGAUUCUCCGUUUUACUCUAUCCUACCAGAGCUGGGCUAGCCCUGGGGCCGGGGUGCAGAUAGAGAAGAAAAAAGGGGAUUCUGUCCCAGAGGGGCUGGGUGUUCACUGACUGCGUCUGCCAUGAGCAGAAUGUGUUUUGAGCCUGGGGGAGCUUGCUGUGGAUUCCUGUUUAUUUAUUUUUUUCCCUCCCAGGCUGGCUGGACCAGCUAGCCUGGACUUUGAGUCUUUGACCCAGAGCCCUGACAAGGGACGAGGGCUCCAAGUCUACAGAGAGGGUUAGCGGAGCGCUGGAUGUUGGCCCUUCCGUAUCUUGUUCUCACCUCCAUCCCCCAGGCCCACGUCACUCCAGGGAUGAGGGAGGGAGAGGAGGGGAGGGACAAGGGGCGGGGAUGGAGGCCCCCCUCUGGAGGUUGCCUAGACAACAUCAGAAAUCGUGGCCAGGGCCUCUUCCGCCGGCGGGGCCUCUGCUUCCUGCAUCAGUCACUCCCGCUGGGGGCGGGGCGGAGGAAGGGGUUGGAUGUGGCAGAGACAGGCCCAGCUGGUGCGGCUCAGACUCCCCCGCCAUCUCCGCGGCCAGAGCCAUGGCAUCUUAUGCAUCCGGCCCGGGCAAACCCAAGGCCAAAUAUCCCUUUAAGAAGCGUGCCAGCCAGCAGCCCUCUUCUGCAGUACCAGGAGUUGUUCAGCCGCUCCCUGGCUGAGAGCGAGCUCCGCAGUGCCCCGUACGAGUUCCCCGAAGAGAGCCCCAUUGAGCAGCUGGAGGAGAGGAGGCAGCGCCUGGAGCGGCAGAUCAGCCAGGAUGUCAAGCUGGAGCCGGACAUCCUGCUUCGGGCCAAGCAAGAUUUCCUGAAGACGGACAGUGACUCGGACCUCCAGCUCUACAAGGAGCAGGGUGAGGGGCAGGGUGACCGGGGCCUGAGGGAGCGUGACAUGGUGCUGGAGCGGGAAUUUCAGCGGGUCACCAUCUCUGGGGAGGAGAAGUGUGGGGUGCCGUUCACAGACCUGCUGGAUGCCGCCAAGAGUGUGGUGCGGGCCCUCUUCAUCCGGGAGAAGUACAUGGCCCUGUCACUGCAAGGCUUCUGCACCACGACCCGCCGCUAUCUGCAGCAGCUGGCCGAGAAGCCUCUGGAGACACGCACCUAUGAGCAGGGCCCCGACACCCCUGUGUCCGCAGACGCCCCGGUGCACCCUCCGGCGCUGGAGCAGCACCCGUACGAGCACUGUGAGCCUAGCACCAUGCCUGGGGACCUGGGCUUGGGUCUGCGCAUGGUGCGGGGCGUGGUUCACGUCUAUACCCGCAGGGACCCUGAUGAGCAUUGCUCAGAGGUGGAGCUGCCGUACCCUGAUCUGCAGGAGUUUGUGGCUGAUGUCAAUGUGCUGAUGGCCCUGAUUAUCAACGGCCCCAUAAAGUCGUUCUGCUACCGCCGGCUGCAGUACCUGAGCUCCAAGUUCCAGAUGCACGUGCUGCUCAACGAGAUGAAAGAGCUGGCCGCCCAGAAGAAGGUGCCACACCGAGAUUUCUACAACAUCCGCAAGGUGGACACACACAUCCAUGCCUCUUCCUGCAUGAACCAGAAGCACCUGCUGCGCUUCAUCAAGCGGGCGAUGAAGCGGCACCUGGAGGAGAUCGUGCACGUGGAGCAGGGCCGUGAGCAGACGCUGCGGGAGGUCUUCGAGAGCAUGAAUCUCACCGCCUACGACCUGAGUGUGGACACGCUCGACGUGCACGCGGACAGGAACACCUUCCAUCGCUUCGAUAAAUUCAACGCCAAAUACAACCCUAUUGGGGAGUCUGUCCUCCGAGAGAUCUUCAUCAAGACGGACAACAGGGUUUCUGGGAAAUACUUCGCUCACAUCAUCAAGGAGGUGAUGUCGGAUCUGGAGGAGAGCAAAUACCAGAACGCGGAGCUGCGGCUCUCCAUCUACGGGCGCUCGAGGGACGAGUGGGACAAGCUGGCACGCUGGGCCGUGAUGCACCGCGUACACUCCCCCAACGUGCGCUGGCUCGUGCAGGUGCCCCGCCUCUUUGAUGUGUACCGUACCAAGGGCCAGCUGGCCAACUUUCAGGAGAUGCUGGAGAACAUCUUCCUGCCACUGUUCGAGGCCACCGUGCACCCCGCCAGCCACCCGGAGCUGCACCUCUUCUUGGAGCACGUGGAUGGCUUUGACAGCGUGGAUGAUGAGUCCAAGCCUGAGAACCACGUCUUCAACCUGGAGAGCCCCCUCCCCGAGGCUUGGGUGGAGGAGGACAACCCGCCCUACGCCUACUACCUGUACUACACCUAUGCCAACAUGGCUAUGCUGAAUCACCUGCGCAGGCAAAGGGGCUUCCACACAUUUGUGCUGCGGCCGCACUGCGGGGAGGCUGGGCCCAUCCACCACCUGGUGUCGGCCUUCAUGCUGGCUGAGAACAUCUCACAUGGGCUGCUUUUGCGCAAGGCCCCUGUCCUGCAGUACCUGUAUUACCUGGCCCAGAUCGGCAUCGCCAUGUCGCCGCUCAGCAACAACAGCCUCUUCCUCAGCUACCACCGGAACCCGCUCCCCGAGUACCUGUCUCGUGGCCUCAUGGUCUCGCUGUCCACUGAUGACCCCCUGCAGUUCCACUUCACCAAGGAGCCGCUGAUGGAGGAGUACAGCAUCGCCACCCAGGUGUGGAAGCUCAGUUCCUGCGACAUGUGUGAGCUGGCACGCAACAGUGUGCUCAUGAGCGGCUUCUCUCACAAGGUAAAGAGCCACUGGCUGGGACCCAACUACACCAAGGAGGGCCCUGAGGGCAAUGACAUCCGCCGCACCAAUGUGCCAGACAUCCGCGUGGGCUACCGCUACGAGACCCUGUGCCAGGAGCUGGCACUCAUCACGCAGGCAGUCCAGAGUGAGAUGCUGGAGACCAUCCCGGAGGAGCCAGGUGUCACCAUGAGCCCGGGGCCUCAGUGAGCCUGGCCGCCGCACUGCCCCCCACCUCUCAGCCCCGUGACCAUGUUUUGUCCUUGGCCCCCUCCCAGCCCGUUGUGGUCUCUGCAUGUGUUCAUUCUUCUUUGUCCUGCAUGUCUCUGACUUGUAUCUGUCUCUGUGCCACCCCAGUGACAGCAGUGCCCAGGAUUUGCUCCCCCUAGUGUGGUACCCGAUGGCCCACAUUUGAGGGCUGCCCUGCUGGUGGCCCUGUCCUAGGAUCCUCUGAAGCCUGGUGGUCCUUGGGGGCCGGGGACGGUGGUGGAGGGCUGGCCCCUCUAGCCUUUGGAGUCCUGCCUGGCAAAUCUGAGUUUGGACCAGGGCUUGAGUUUAGGCCCCGUCUUGUUUACAUGGCUCGGGGACAGUCAGGUGGGGCCUGUACACGUCCACUGUGGGCACAGGGAUGCAGGGUGGUUCACGGGGCUCCAGCAUCUCUGCGAUGGGUAGAGCUGGGCUGAGAGCUCGGUCGUAGCCCCAGCAUCCUGGACUCAGGCCUCGGAGGUGCUGGACCACCGCCUCUGCCAAGUCACUACCUGGCAGACCUCUUCGUCCUUCCUCUGGUCCACGUGUUCCUCUGGUGUCAGCUUCCUGUGCCUCUGUGGGAGGGGGCAGCCGCCCUGUGCCAUGUCUGGGGCCAUUGCAGCUGGAGGGUCCUGGAUCUGCCACCAUCCCUGGGCGUGGUAUCCCCAGUAUGGUCCCCAGAGUUUUGACCAGACCUGGAUCCUGGCUGGUUCCCUGUGUUGUUUUCCAGACUGAGGCCUUGGCUGUGAAAUGCAGUGUUUCAUACAAUCCCGUCUUUCCUAGUGCAUGAGAAAUAAAGAUUAUUUAAGUAAUGAG